AUGACACGAGUUCGGCUGAGAAGAAGUUCCACAGAGCAACGCGUCUCAGUUUUUGAGUAGUCUUCACACCAAACUCAAACAACGGACAUUCUUCACCAAAAGGAAAAAAGCCACGAGGGUCAAAGCUUUCGACCAAUGGAAACCUCUCCAACAAGGCAGGGAGAGAGAGAACAAAUUAUGCCGCCGAAUGUUCUCUUCUCUUCUCCGCCGUUCCCUCCAUUCCUUCUCUGUAUAAGAAGAGCAAACUUUCCCUCCCUCCCUUAAACCCUCCCAUAACCUUUCAUUUCCAACCCAAAAGAAUGUCCACCACAAGGCUGCUUCGCGCCUCCUCCAAAGCUGCUGGACCACUCCACAACCUCUCCUCUCCUUCCGCUAAUCGUUCCUUUUCGGUUCGGGCUAGUGGCAAUGGAGAUGCGAAGAAUCGAGUUUCGGGUACGAUUAGCAACGUAAAUUGUUCGAAGAGGAGGUUGGAUUCUACGGUGACAGCUAGGGCUGUUGCAGCAUCGUCCUCGGCUGAUCAGACCUCCCAGGCUAGUGCACAAGUCGAGGCCGUGCCAUGGUCCGACAUAGAUUUGGCUUCUUUGGUUAACAAGUUGAUGAUGGUGAGGCUCAGUCCUCCUCCCGCCGCCGAGGUGAAGAGGAAACAGGGGAAGUUUCGGAUCCAGAUGGCAAUCGAGAAAGCGAUUUUCGACUGCCGAUUCUUCGCUCUCUUGGCUGUCGCCGGAUCCCUGAUUGGCUCUGUACUAUGCUUCAUGGAGGGCUGCUUUCUGGUGGCGGAGUCCUACUUUCACUACUUCCAUACUCUGUCUAGAAGUUUGGAUCAAGGGCAGAUGAUGAAGCUCCUCAUAGAAGCCAUAGACAUGUUCUUGGUGGGAACCGCCAUGCUAGUGUUCGGUGUCGGCUUACACGCCAUGUUUGUGGGCUCCAAGGAUUCUCAACACGACAAGCAGACUUGGCUACCUCAGUCCAAUUUAUUUGGCCUCUUCCACUUGAAGUACCUUCCAGCAUGGGUGGAAACUCAAUCUGUUUCACAAGCCAAGUCGAAAAUCGGCCAUGCAGUCAUGAUGAUACUUCAAGUCGGCCUACUCGAGAAGUUCAAGAACGUACCUUUAGUUACCAGCUUCGAUCUUGCCUGCUUUGCUGCAGCUGUUCUGGUUUCUUCAGCUUCCACAUUCCUCCUGUCGAAACUCUACACUGGCGGUGAAGAUCGAUAACUACCUCACUCGAGGGAUUCCUCAGUUUUUAUCCCCCACAUUAUGUAUAGCCAUAAAGUUCAUUCAUUUUUACCCUUUCCCUUUAGAUUAAACGAAGACCAAUUCAAAAAGCAUGUACUUUACAUGUAUAUAACCAUAAAUUAUGUUCAAAAUUUGAACCCUUAUAGUAACCUGAUAACAAUAAAUUGAAGAAGAUGAG